AUGACUGCUGAGAUCUUCAAAGACUGGUUCUUCAAGAUCUUCGACCCCAGUGUGAGGAGGCACCUACGCUCAAGGAACCUACCGGAGAAGGCAGCCCUGCCGUUGGAUAACUGCAUUGCCCACUCAACAGCCAGCACACUGAGAACUCCAGAUAGGCAAAUCUUUGUGAAGUAUCUGCCCAAGAACACUAUCUCGAAGAUUCAACCCUGUGAUGUUGGCAUCAUCAAGUCCUUCAAGGCCUUGUACAAGAAGGAACUUAUGAUGGAGAUGCUGGAUCUGCUAGGCACCAUCACAGACUACCUAAAGGAGGUGACCCUGAACGACUCCUUCUAUCUGACAGCCAAGGCCUGGGAGGCAGUCUCCGAGGCUACAAUGUCGAACUGUUGGAGGAAGGCCUUGGGUGGGACCUUUGAUGAGGAGGAUGCUGAGGAAGAGGUAGUACCAUUUGAUGGCUUCACUGCUGCAGAGAUCUAG